CAAUGCGGAAAGCGUGCCGGAAUGUUAUGAUAAAUAUUUUUUACUUGCGUGUCGAAACGAAGAUUCGGCGAUGAGACAGUUGCCAGUCAAUCGUCAUCGAGUGAAAAUCAACUAUGGCUUGGACGCCUGCCGAUAUAUCGGAAACAUGCUACCGAUAUCCAUCGGUAGCUUCGUGCCAAUCAUCUAUGCUAGCAUUCAUAGCUUUAGUGACGCAAUACUUUGGCCAAUCGCACGUAUACAUCAAUCCCUACAAAGAAAACGAAGAGUACAUCCUAUCCCAAACCUAUGAUUUUAUCGUCGUCGGAGCAGGAAGCGCGGGAUGUGUCGUGGCAAACCGUUUGACCGAAAUCGGCAACUGGAAGGUACUACUACUAGAAGCAGGCGACGAAGAACCAACAGUAGCGCACGUACCAGCGUUCGCAAAUUUCCUGCGCAAGAGCAGCGCCGAUUGGAAAUACGAAACGCAGCCGGAGCCAAUGGCAUGUAGAGCUUACGAAAACAACGUCUGCCCAAUACCCCGGGGAAAAGUAAUGGGCGGCAGCAGCACCAUCAACGGCUUGAUUUACAUGCGUGGAAACAAAGAAGACUACAAUGACUGGGAGAGUUUCGGUAAUCCCGGAUGGAGUUAUGCCGAAGUGCUGCAUUAUUUCAAGAAGUCCGAGGAUAAUCUCAAUCCUGACGUCGUGGCUAACAAUUCAGGCUACCACGGUACAGGUGGCUACCUCGGGGUAGAGCGUUACCCGUACCAGGAUACCAAUGCCGACGUGCUUAUCAACGCAUUUAAGGAAAUAGGUCUUCUCGAGCGCGAUCCCAACUCAGCUGAACAAAUUGGUGUGGGCCAUGUGCAAGUAUGCGCCCGAAACGGCGUUCGCCAGAGCACGAACGAGGCCUUCAUCACGCCCAUCCGCGCCAAUCGUCCAAACCUCUUUGUCAAGACCAAUGCAUUCGUUACUCGGGUCCUUGUCGAUCCUCGAACGAAAAGCGCGGUUGGUGUGGAGUACAGCGAUUUUGACAGGAAGGACAUCGUUAAAAGGGUUUAUGCCAGUAAGGAGGUAGUACUGUCGGCUGGAGCUAUUAACACGCCGAAACUGCUGAUGCUGUCAGGGAUCGGCAAAGCCUACGAGUUGCAAAAGUUCGGAAUCGAGGUCGUGGCUGAUUUGCCUGUUGGAGAGAAUCUGCACGAUCAUGUCACCGUCACGCCUUUGAUAGGUGUCAUACAUCCAAGCAGAUCAACUGUCAAGACCCCAGAAGAAAUCACCAACGAUGCCAUUGGUUGGUUGAACUCUUACACGACUGCUCUAUCGGGAACAGGUUCGCUGUUAGGUGUCGCAGCUUUUGUCAAAACUUCUCGGGAGCCACGUCCUGAUGUCCCAGACGUACAGUACUUCAUACGCACCACAGUUUUAGAGGAUUACAUGAAAGUAGCUAACAAUUUCCAACCAAUAAACUACUUGCCGACUGCUUACUACAAUGCUAUAUCUUUUGGACCUCAUUUAUUGAAUACGAAAAGUAGAGGUUUCGUCAGGCUAAAUGAAACUGACCCUAUUUGGGGUCCUCCGCUGAUUCACUCUAACUUCUUCACACAUCCAGAGGAUCUCGCAGUGAUAGUAGAGGGAUCAAUGAUUGCUAGACAAAUUUUUGAAACAGAUGCGUUCAAAUACAACGGCAUAACCCAGUACAGAGUACCUCAGGAAGCGUGUCGUCAUCUGGAGUUCGACAGCCCAGAGUAUUAUGCCUGCGUAGCAGUAAACUAUAGCCGAUCUGGUGACCACUCAGUAGGCACCUGCAAAAUGGGCCCAGUUAACGAUCCCGGGGCUGUCGUCGACGCAAGAUUGAGAGUUUACGGAGUUAGGGGUCUGAGAGUUGUGGAUGCGUCGAUCAUACCAACGAUCCCAAGAGGUAAUAUCAAUGCACCGGUUAUCAUGAUCGGCGAGAAAGGCAGCGAUUUAAUUAAGGAGGACUGGAUCAAUCCUCCUGAACGCUAUUAAAUUUUAAAUGAUAGUAACUGUAACUCUGGUUCUCAAAAUCAUAACCUAUAUAAAACCAUUAACCCACAACUAAAUAUAUGUAACUAUAAUAAUUUUAAUGAAUAAAAUUUUUGCGACAUAUAA